AUGGCGGCGGCGGCGGCCGUUCCCGGCAACAGGGGCUCGCGGGGCGGGGUGCUCGCGCUCAAGAAGGAAGGAGGGGAGGGUGAGGACGGCUCGGAGCCCGCGGAAAUGGUCCAGGCGAGUCAAGGCGACGGGGAGGGCGUGACGCGCCCCCUCCCGUCGUUAUCACCGGGCCAUGACACCCACCACCACCGCAGUCCACACCGAUCGCCAUGGCCGCCACCCGCUCACGGCGGCCACAAUGGCAGCUCCCCGCCGUCGCCUCCCACCGAGCCCUUCUCCGAGUUCUUCGAGUCCUGGAUCGCCGAGCAGUCCCGCGACCUCGCCGAGCUCCGCGCCGCGGCGUCCGCGGACCCGGCCACCCCGGAGCCCGACCUCCGCCGCCUCGUCGGCCGCGUGCUGGCCCACUACGAGAACUACUACCGCACCAAGGCCGCCGCGGCGGCGGACGACGUGCUCCGCAUGUUCUCCCCGUCCUGGACCUCCACCACCGAGAACCUGUACCUCUGGUGCGGCGGCUGGCGCCCCACCGCCGCGCUCCACCUGCUGUACUCCAAGUCCGGGAUGCAGCUCGAGCACCAGCUCCCCAACUUCCUCAACGGCGGCAGCCUCAAGGGCGACCUCGGGGACCUCGGCGUCGGGCAGAUCCAGGCCGCCGACCAGCUGCAGCGCCGCACCAUCAAGAGGGAACGCGAGAUCGACGACGCCGCCGCGAGCGCACAGGAGGCGCUGGCGACGGCGACGAUGGUGGAGCUCGCGGGCGGCAGCGGCGGGGUGGACGCGGAGGCGAUGGAGCGGGAGAUGCAGGCGAAGGCGGACGGGAUGAAGCGCGUGCUGGAGAUGGCGGACGCGCUGCGGCUGGAGACGAUGCGCGGAGUGGUGGCGCUGCUCCGCCCCGCGCAGGCCGUGCACUUCCUCCUCGCCGCCGCCGAGCUCCACCUCGCGGUGCACGACUUCGGGCGCCGCAAGGACGGGCGCGCCGGCGGCUCGCUUGCUUAACUGGUUUGCGCCUCCACGGGACCACGGCCCAAGCGGCGCGUGGCUGCCGGUCUGGUCAGCACGAGCUGAUGUCCCGAUAAGGCUCUCUCUGACCAUUUGUUUAUUUUGUGUUCGCGCGUGUGGUGUGCACUUGUGCCAUGUCUGAUGUCUCUGUCUCUUGACUCUCUGGAUUACUGAGCUGUUGUUGUUGAAGUAUGAACUGUGUGAUCUGCGAAGUCGAACUGUUUUGUUUCAGCAGAAUUAUUUCUGCCUUGCCGGAGUAGUGAGAUGUAAGAGCGGGUUACUAAGGGGGUGUUUGGAUUCAA